AUGAACGUCUUCUUUAGCUACUUCGGUAGUAAUGAUAGUAAUUUUUGGAAAAUUCGACGAUCAUUUCGUGAACAUUUACAGAAGCACGGAAAACUUUCAAUUGUCGAUGAAGACGAUGAGAAGACUAAGGUCACCGUUGUUCCGAUCGAAGACUCUGAAGAGGACCGAAGGCUCGAGCGCAAGAAGCGAACACAGGAGGACAUGGUGGCUGAUUUUGUGAAGAUUCUCGAACAAAUGAGUACGCUUUUGUUCUUGCUUUCAAUCUCCAAAAGAUAA